CUCUAAAACAUCUUAUCACGUACUUUUUGCCUCAUCUUGUCAGCAUCUCUAGGUACCUCAGCAGCCGUCAAUGUGUUUAGGUUGUGUAGCAUAUUAUUAGAAAUCCUGAAACCGCAUUCUCAGCUAUCCGGCGGAAGAGAGGUCAUCAGCAUCAAGGCCGGACACAUUGUGUGCGAAGGCAGUAGGUGAAGCAUCUGAAUACGCGAACUGGGCCCUCAUUUCAGCUCGUCGAGUCACGCCUCAGGCAGCAUUGGUCCAUUUUAAACCCUUUGUGACCAUCAAAUAUUGGGGCAAUUGCGGGCUCAAGAUCCGAGAAGAAUGAGACAAAAUACCGCAAUCGACAAUAUGUCGUCGGACUCUGCUGCCCCGCAGAUACAAGAUGGCGACAGUGACAUCGACAUCAAAACAUUCAUCCACGGAAUGCCCAAGUGCGAGCUCCACGUCCACCUGGAAGGCUGCCUCACACCAGGCCUGGCCCGCCAACUCGCCGAGCGGAACAACCUCCCCCUCCCACCAUCCCUGUCGUCCCUCGACCCAUCUCAGACGGGAUACACCUUUCACGACUUGACGUCGUUCUUGGCCGUCUACUACCCGAACCUCAGCGUCCUCCAGACCGAGCAUGAUUUCCGCGACCUGGCCGUGGACUACCUGACGCGUGCCCACGCGCAAAACGUCAAGCACGUCGAACUCUUCUUCGACCCCCAGGCGCACACGUCCCGAGGUGUGCCGUUCCCGACCGUCAUCCGGGGCUACCGUUUGGGCUUGUUGAUGGCGCAGCGUACACUGGGGAUAUCGGCUAGCCUGAUCCUUUGCUUCCUCCGCGACCAGUCCGCCGAAUACGCCAUGGCGACUCUGAUGGAAGCCUUGCCCUACAAAGAUGCACUCAUCGGCGUGGGCCUCGACUCGGACGAGCGGGAUAAUCCACCGUCCAAGUUUGCCGCCGUUUUUCAAAGAGCCAGUAAAGAAGGCUUCCUCCUGACUGCUCAUUGUGACAUUGACCAAGCAAAUUCCAUUACUCACAUCCGUCAAUGUAUCAACGAAAUUCAAGUUGACCGUAUCGAUCAUGGGACCAACAUUGUCGAGGAUGAGUCGCUGAUCGAAACCAUCAUAUCCAAGAACAUCGGAUUGACUUGCUGUCCAGUGUCCAAUUCCGUUGUGACUUCGGAUUUCAAGGGCCGCGAAAUCCUCACUCUUCUCCGCCGCGGUGUCAAGGUCACGAUCAAUUCUGACGAUCCGGCCUACUUCCGCGCUUAUGUCAAUGAAAACGUCGAGAAAUUGGCACGGGAAUCGGAUGUGACACGUAAAGAACUUAUUCAGCUGCAACGGAAUGCAUUUGGCAUUUCAUGGAUUUCGUCCUGGCGAAGGAACCAUUUCCUCGCGCUUUUGGACGACUACGAAGCUAAGAUGAUACAGAGCCAAGCCAUGGUCAACGGUGCUUGAGAUUUGAGCAUACGAUGGGAAUGUAAUUCUCAUCGUUCAUAUGUACGGCCAUCGGCAGUAUUCAACCCCUUUUGCCUACGAAGGAAACUUCGUCAAAGAACGUCGCGCGCAAUUGUACUAUCGCGGCGAUCUCAAGGAUGAAUUCCUGUAGAAUUACAGCAUUCGUCAAUAUAUGGUUCAGGCUGGCUUGGUUCCGAGGUUCCGUGCCAUCUCGACUGAUUGGGGUGGCGGUGCCCGAAUCUUGACCUCGAGCUAGGUGUGGGCGCAAUGACAGGGCUUCAGUCUCAGGAUCCUGCUUCUUGCCUGCAUGAACCGGUAGAGAUGCUGUGGCUUCAGUAGGGGUCUUCGUGUUGUAGAUGUCGAUUUGAGUUCUCAGCAGCGAUGUAGUGGAGGGCGUUAUGGACCGGCCCGCUUCAGGGGCUGCCGUUACGCCAUCUGUUUCAUCCGUUCGCAGUGCUUGGCGAAGAGGUGACCGGCCCAAAGCACGUUCGGUGAGAAUUGUUCGAUGGCUGUCAGACCUUGAAAUCUUACUGUCUAUGGAGCCAAACUCAGUGGUCGGGAUUUGUCUGCCUCUAGGAGUAGUCGGCCUCGACGGCGGCUUGGAUAUAGGUUUGGACGGCGAGAUGCUUCUUGGUCUGCUCACGGAUUCAGCGGACGGGCCUGAGAAGGUUCUUGGAUUUGGUGGUCGAUCUGGUGUGUCUUCUGAUAAUUCGUGUCGUCGAAUAGAUAUCAGCUCGUCCCAUUGAGGGAACUGCGAUUUCCACUGCCUGACUUGGUCCGCAAGCUCGCUCAGGAUGAACGUGAUAUUGUACUCAGAAUUUUCCUCUAGCCGACCCUGCUUUCCGGGUAAUAACCAGUUGUUG